CUCCUCCUCGAUACUUGCUCUCCUUUGUUUCAACCUUCUGUGCACACCACCGUGGUCUGAUUUGAAGGAAAACAACUUGGGGUGAGACAUAAGUCUACUAGCUGUUUACUAUGGAGACAGCAUUUUUUUUCUUUAAUUUUCUUUUUUUCAGAGCUGAGGACCGAACCCAGGGCCUCUACCACUGAGCUAAAUCCCCAAGCCCUGGAGACAGCAUUUUAAUAACUGCUUAGGCACCUGUACAUCCUUGGUCCUUCAUCGAGACAGUAAAUGAUUUUAUUCUUCCACUGGCUUAUUAUUUUUGGUCAACUUUACUGAAGUAUAACCACACAAUAAACCUCAUCUAUUCAGAAUGCAUGGUGUGGUUAAUUUACGUCCAGUAGAUGCCUAUGAGAAUGCUGCCACAAUCAAAUCAUGGAGCACAGUGUUAUCAAUGAAUUAUUGGCGCUGUCUGCUUGGCUUAGUUUGGUUUGGUUGGCUAGUUUACUCUAGCUAGCCACUGUAGUGGGGGUGUACUAGCAUCUCAUUGUGGUUCAUUUGAAUUUUCCAUUGACUGGACGAUGAUGAGCACCUCCUCGUGUGUUUAUUGUCUAUUUAGGAAUUAUCCAAACCUUUGCCCAUUUUCCUUAAAAUCUAUUUUUAUUACUUAAAUCUAUGAGUAAUAAACUGCAGUAGGUACUUUAGGUAUUCUGGAACUUUAUGUAUUCUACAAAUUCUUUGGUUCAUAAGGUUUUGUCCCAAUAUGUAGUUGAUUUACUUAUCAUGUCACUGGGGGGGCGGGGCUUUGAGGUUUCAAAAGCCCACACCAUUCCCAAUUAGUGGAUCAGAUGUAAGCUCUCAGCUACUGCUCCAGCGCCAUGACUGCUGCCUGCUGCCCGCUGCUGUGCUUCCUGCCAUGUUCAGCAUGGACUCUAAUCCUCCGGAACUGUGAGUCCCAGAUUAAGUAUUUCUAAGUUGCCUUGACCAUGGUGUCUUAUCACAGCAAUAAAAAAGGAAACAAGGUGUUCCCUGUAUCUUGCUUCAGUGCCUUUGCCAAAAACUGAGGGCUGAGGAUGUAUUCAGUGACGAACAUUUGCCUACCAUGAGCAAGGCCCUAGGGUUCAGUCCCAGCCGCCCUUACACCAAAAGUCAACAAUUGGCUUUAUAGAUACAGAUCUCCUUAGGGACUGUAUUCUCUUUCUUUGAUCCCUGUAACAAUCCUGCUUAUAUUACACUGUGUUAACACUGGAACUUUAUAGGAAUUCCUGAAACUGGCACAGCUUUUUCUUUCCCUUGACUAUUCUAAGUCCUUUUAUCCUUAUGCAUUUUCAGUUGUUUGUCAAUAUCUAGGAAGGUUCUCUUGUUUUGUUUGAGACAAGGCACCCUGUAGCCCAGGCUAGUUCAGAAGUCACGAUAUAGCCAAGGAUGACUUUGAACGUCUGGUCCUCCUGUCUUUAUUCCCAAAGUACAGGGAUCACAGCCUUGUGCCACCACACCCAGUGUAUGCUGUGCUGGGAUCAACCCCAGGGUUGUGUGUACACUAGGCAAGCACUCUGCCAACUGAGCUACAUUCUCAGUAUACUGUCUAGAAACUCUGACUGGAGUUUCAUUGAAUUUAUAUAUCACUUGGGAGAGUUGGUGCCCUAAAAUGGCUGAGUCUUCCAUUCCACGAAAACAAUGUAUCUUUCCGCUCAUUUAGGUCCUUUAAAAACAUGGUUUUGGGAACUGAACCUAAGGUCUCAUGCAUGUGGGGCAGUUGAUCUAAUGAUGGACCAUCCCGAAUUCCUCAUUUAGCCAUUUCAGGACUUUUCCCAGCAGUUUUCUAUGUCCGGCAAACAUUGACUCACAAUCUCUCUAAUCUCCAAGAGCGACAAGACAUUUAGACAGUGUUCUCUCUUCUGUGGGUAUGAACAGUCAGACAUCGCAGUUUUCUAUGUCCGGCAAACAUUGACUCACAAUCUCUCUAAUCUCCAAGAGCGACAAGACAUUUAGACAGUGUUCUCUCUUCUGUGGGUAUGAACAGUCAGACAUCAGUCCCCACAAACCAGACCUGAAACCAUUCUAGAAACGGCCUGUCUAAAAAUCCAAGUAACAGAAGGAAUCCCGUCAAUGCAAAUCAACACCUGUGACAAGGCUUUGGAAGGACAGCUAGAUUUAGAAACAGCAGCCCAGAAGCUUGAGAGGGGAUCUCUCUAGGACAAGAUGCACAAUUUUACAACUUACGAUUCUUUUUGCUACUAGGAUCUGCUACAAGUUUUGUUGACCAGACAAAUGGUCCCUAUCUUUAAAAGAGUUUUUGGGCAAUCUUUCUCAGUACGAGUCCCCGAAGGAACAUAUUUCAGCUGUAUACAUCUCAGUGUGUUCUGAGGCCUGUGGAUGUUAACUGUCAAAGAUGUAAGCACCUGAGUUAUAAUAUGAAGUUAUUCUUAGGAACAAUAUAAUUCGAGUGCAAUACCAUACUAUUUAUCGUUUCCAACCACGAUGAAAAUCCUAUAGCAUUUUGCUACGAAUACUCUGAUAAAAACAACUGGAAUCAUUGGUGAAACACCUAACAACACAGCCCUCACUGCACGUGCUCCUGAAGAGAAGGGGGCAAUAUUCCAGGCUGGAUUCUGAUUCUAUAUGCCUUUUGUAAUAAGCCUGUUCUAUUUUACAAGCCUGAAAUGUUUUUAAAAUCACAGAACAAUCCCAUCAAUGAAGCUUACAUUUGAUCAGGUAUUAAGACAAAGAAACCCACAGCCUUAAAUUAAAAUUUCACAACUCUUAAAGUAUUUUCAUUCCUCAUGCCCACACUUCCUGUGUUUUUUAAACUGUGGCACACAGUUUGGGGCUGUAUCGAGGUGGCAUAUAGGGGAAGGAAGGUACCAGUGAAUGAAAUCAUAGAAUUACAGGCACUAUCAUAACCUACAAUUUUUUUUUAAAUGCGUUCAGAUUUAAAGAUUCAAAGGUCUCAGAUCCUUUGACAAAAAUAACUCUCAUUUUCAAGAAUAGAAAGUGUCAGGGGGUUUUAUGUCUUCUUAUAAGAAAUUUCCAUCCACUGGAUAUAAAUUUUACUUUUCAUUUAAAAACACAACAUGUUUUGAUACUGAAAACUUCCCAAGAAGGGAGCUAUUCUGUACACUCUGAGUCACGGUUUUGCUCUGACUGGUGAAUCUGUGCUCCCUCUGGCUCUUACUAGAGAGAAUUUCUGAAAUGGUUAGAUCAAAAGGAAAUGAUCGGAACAUCAUCUCUGCUUCUCAGGUCUGGAGGAAACUGAAAAGCUGCAUGUCUACAGUUCUGGGUAUUACCACCAGAUUCAAGGAACCACACCAUACAGAACACCAUGGACCUGAAAGCCGGGCUCCUUCAGGCCAGGAUGAGGUUCUGAGGCCCGAAUGUUUACAUGAUUCUGGAGUUUCUCUAUAGGAAAAAGAAAUGCUUGCAAAUACAAAUUAAAUCACAAACACAGAUGCUUAUCUAGGAUGAAAACCCAAGUUAUGAACUAUAAACUUCAGAAAACUGACAAAUGCCCCAAAAUUUCCUCCUGCAUAGAAUACAUUUUUAUCAACUGCCAGAUACAUUUCUCUAAUGUUCCUUUUUCUGUAUGUUUUAACUAAAGACUGUUUUAAGUCACUUCUUCCUAAAACAGUUUUGUUUUGUUUUUAAUGUCUCCUAUAUAAAAGAAGGUAGUUUUCUUUCAGCUUGGGACUAACUCAGGGUUCCUUCAAGCCAAAAAUGUAGUGACCAUCCUAAAUCCAUCUACUCCUCAUUCCCACAUCUAAUCCUUUACUAAGUGUUCUAAUUUCAUUCUGGUGCAGUGACAGAUACAAUGGCCAAGAGCGACUUAGGGAGGAAAGGGCUUAUGUCAUCUUACAGGUUAGUCCAUCAUUGAGGGAAGUUGGAGCAGGAAACCAACCAGGAACUUGGAGCAGAAACCAUGGGAGAAUGAUGUUGGCUGGCUUGGUUACAGACUCACGCUUAGAUAGCUUACCUUUCUCCUCUGACUAUGGAAGAGCUAUCCACCCUGCGUGUGCUAAAGGGCCCAUCUCUUACCGCCAUCUUUCCACCAAUUCCUCCCUUCCUGUCCACAUCCUCCAUACCCCCAUUGAGUCAUCCCUAUACACAUAUACAAAACCAAUUUUCCCAUUAAAAAUAGAGACUUUUCUCUUGGUCCAAUUCAUCUCUGUCUCCUGGACCAUUUCUCUUCCUUCACAGUCAGCCUGCCUUGUUACAGCUUCCUGCCUCCCACUCCCUUCUGAACCCACUGUAACUGAGCUUCCUCAUCCUUCACUGCACGGAUAGACUCUUUCCCUCUUGCUGGUGUCCUCACUUUGCUUGACCUGUGGAUGUUAGAAAUUGUGGUCCUUCUCCCUCUCCUUCACUUUCCUCCCGACUCCUAGGUAACCAGACUUUGUGUCCUUCCAUCUCUUCGGCCACUCCUUUUCAGUCUGCUUUGCCUCCUGACUUGUAUUGGAAGAGCUCAGGGCCCUGUUCUUUCUCUACACUCCUUCAGUAAUCUUACCAAGGUUUACAACUCUAAAUACCAUCUAUAUGCCAUUGUGUCAAGCAUCUUUCUCUCUGCCCUGGCCCAAUCCCUACCCACCAUCUGCUUAGUCAUCCCCACUUGGAUGAAGAUGCACAACUCUAUCUUGAUGACCUGACUGAGUUUCCAGUGACCACCCCUAAACCUGCUCUGAUCCAGAGUUUCCUGUAAAUGACAACUCACUCUUCCAGUCACUCUGGUCCAUAACCUGAGUGGUCUCUACCUAUGACUCCCAAUCAGAAUAAUCAUUCUUUAGGAAUAAUUGUAAAAGUUCAAAAGAAAACAGAGUAUUUUUUAAUCCAACCUCACAAAAACCAUACAAGUUUUUUAAAGGUUCUGGAGAGUUGGUGGUGGUCAGGAUGCAAAGGACCAGAGUCCCAGGUAGGAUGGAAAUACAGAAAGUAGUAUACAAUUUUCUGUUCUUUUCCCUCCUCGGCAUUUUCUUAGUUUCUGUGCAGAGCACAUAAGUCAAGCACAAAGCCAUGACCUGGAGGCUUCAGGAGCCUUUCCAAUGUAGGGAGAGAAAAACUACAGUUGAGACCAACAGACAAGACUUGAAGGGACAAGGCCCAGAGAUGUGGAGAGUGUAGUGAGGAGAGCCUGACCAUUUGCUUGGCUUUUAAUGGAGUUAUCUGGUGAAUUCUAUGCUAGAGAGGCACUAGCAAACAAGAAACAAAGAAGCCACUCAAUGGCUAGAGACCUUCCAACAAUCUCACAAGGCUGGAAAAAAAUGCAUAUAGUUCAAGCUCAUCCAAAGACAAAGACCUGCUGAAUGAACAUCCUUAGCUUUCUUGAGGAAGGACAGAAAGACCUAUGCUUUAGAGUAACCGCAACUAGGAAAAACACAACAACAAAAUUCAGACUCACAAUGUCUGAAUCCUUCCUUUAAGGCGAUCUUCUCCUCCUCUGUCAGCUACAGUAAAAUCAAAGGCUUAAGCUGGGAAAGUACUUCAGUUCCGAGAGCUCUUGCCUAGCUAGCAUACUUGAGGACCUGAGUUUGAUCCUCAGCAUCAAAAUAAGUAAUUCAUUUAUUACUCCGGAGAAAGAUCAUGUCAGCCGAGGCAUUUGGGCAAGUUUUCCUGCACAUUGUGCAAUAUUUACCCAUACCCCCUUAAGAGUCAUCUUUGGGGUGUGGGUAAAUCUCUGGAUGUGUGGGGAUCUCUUGUCAGGUCUGCCUGCCAGUACUUUACAGCAGUCUAUUCCCAAUGAAUAAACUGGGGUAGUGUGGUUCUUUUUAACCAAAUUGUCAGAUUUCUACUCAAAACUCUGCAGGGCUUUUAAGCCUGGAGUAAAUGUCCAAACUUUCACACUGACUUUCGUGGGACACACAAGCUGGUUACUGAUGUCAUCUCUCUUCUCUCCCGCUCCACCCACUCAUACUCCUCAGCCUUGUCUGCAAACACGCCUGAUGUGAGAACCCUGUUCUUGCUGCUUCCUUGAUCUGGAAUGUUCUGCUAGCCUUAAGUUUCACUACUUCACCCCCUUUUCAUCUUUGCUGGAAUGCCUCUGUCUCUGUCACUUCCAGGGCCUUCUCUAACCAGCCUAAAGUCCCUGUCUCCUUAGACCUAGCCUUCCACGAUUCUUUUUCUGCUUAGUUCUUAAACAAAUUUUACUCCCUUGCCUUAUUUUUAUGAUUCAUCUCCUAAAAUAUAGAUUACACAAAGGCAAGAAUGUUAAAUUUUUGUUGUUGUUGUUUUUCACUUCUAUACCUCUAGUUUCCAAUGACCAGUGCUUGGCAUAUAGUAGUUACUCAAAACCCUUCAACCAAAUCAUUGCAUUUCAGACCAUCCAAGACAAUCAUAUAGAACACAGAUAUCUGGGCUUGUCAACUGAGAGAGACUCUACACAAAAGAUUUUAUUAUCACAAAUAUGUAAAUGCUACUAUCACCAAAAAAGUGAGACUGCCCUGGGAGUCAUAUAAAGAGAACCAGACUGAGGAUACAAACUUACAGAACUUUGAGUAGCUAUCAUAUUAUUGAUAAAUCCCAGCUAUGCCUGGGAUGACACUAUUGAUUACCCACUUAGUACCCAGUCUUCCCUAUGUAAGCAACCAGUCUGUACGUCCUUCCUCCUGGAAGACAGAGUACUGAAACCCCAGGUUAUCACUCUACCUCUGAACUUAAGUGAAACUAUUCCUUAUUGUUUCGGCUGUUUGCUGUUUGGUUUUCUGCUCCAGAGGGGUGAAAACAUUCUGAUAUGCUGGUCCACCAUUUGUAUGAAACAAUGCCAACUAUUCUUUAGUAGUUCUACAACUCUACACAAACCCUUCUGGAUUUCUACAGCUCGGACUUUUGAACCUUUGAUCACAGCCACUUUUUCAUUGAUUAGUGUGUGAGUACAUAAGGUGUAUGUGUAGAGCUCAGACAACUUUCAGGAAUUGGGUCAAUCCUACUGUGGGUUCUGGUGCUCCAACCCAGAGCAACAAGCUUGCUUUAGCUUCUAAGCUAUGACCCAUCAGAGCCAUUCUAAAGGUACUUUUUACCAGACGCUACCCUCAGCAUUACAUCCACUUACUUCAAUGUCACUUUCUCAAAAGUUUCCUCAAAAUUAGUCAGAUCGAAAGUCUUAAGCAGUCUCUGUCUAUAGCAUUUACUAUAACCUUUUUUAACCGUACUACUUAUACAAUGGUGACCAUCUACUUUAAACUGUAAAUUACAUUUACAAGGUACAGUUCUAAGUAUUGAAGCUUCAUUAACACUUUUAAUCCCCACAAAUCCAAAAGGAUAAAUUCUACUACUCCCAUUUUGCAGGUUAGAAAAAAAAAAAAAAACAGCAUGCAUGCACAAAAAGUACAACUUGCCCACGUGUUGCCGGGUUGGUACCCUGCAGAAGCUCGAUUAACGCCUAGACAGCGAUUAGCUGCCUUGAAGGUGUAACUGCAAACCCAAGGAAUCCACCACAAGGGAUGCAUACACUUCACAAACAAGAUUUUGAACAUCUCUAGUUCUAAACUAAUUCUAAAACGCUCCGCUCGUGGGCACCUGGAGCCUGAAGGAUGAAAAGCCUAAGGGAACCCUGUUUAAUCAACAACUUGCCCAGCCCUUUCCCCAGGUGUCUAAAGGGUGGCCCAAGUCGCUCUGUGGGGGCCCGAAGGUCCUCUACCACGCUGGCACAGAGCGGUGAGUGCAGAAGGCAGGUACGACUUCACACCAGGGAGCGGAGGAGGAGCUGGGAAACCGGAGACAGCCCGCCCCUGCCCCAGCGCGUAACAGAGCUGGGAGCCCGACCGCCAGGAGCGCGUCACCGCCCGGACAGCGGGAAGCGCUGCGGCCGCGGCGUGGCAAGAGAAGAAACAACCGAGGAGGCCCCUGGAAGAGCAAGAGCACGUGGGCCUGCGAGAAUGGCGCUGACAGCAGCCCCGCCAGGCGGCGCCCCGCAGCCGGGCCAGACGGCGUUACCUCCGCCCCAGUGGCCGCCGCCAACACGACCAUGGCGGCCCUGCCGGCCAAGAAGCAGCCAGUGCGCCGGCGCACCCGAGGACCAGCAGGUGGGCGGGGUCGAGAGCCGGAAGUGCCUUUUACUACGGGCCCUUCCGGAAACGCGGCGGGCCGGAACUGCCUGGAGUUCCUGCCUCCGGACGGAACCUCGCGUUGCUCGGCAACCGGUGCGUGCCCGGCGGACUCGCUCCACGCUACCCGGAGCAAGCCUGGAGUAGCGGCUCCCUGCUGCGCAGGCCCCCUCGCGUCGCGCCCGCUUCCCCGAGAGCCGCGUCCUCGCGCGUCGCGGCAUCCCUGCCCUUGGCACUAUUUACACGUCUCCGGCUCCCACGACUCCUUAAACCCCACCUGCCUCAGAGCCCGCCUCCACCGAAGGGGUGGUGGUUCGACACCCGACAUGACGUCGGCGAUGACAGACCGCAAUCCUCGGGCGACCGAGGCCUCUGGCACUUACACCUACACCAGCAGGCCCCGGGCCGUGCCUUGCCAGCGCCGCCGCUACCGGGACAGCCUGUUGCAGUCACCUGACGAACCUUUGAGUUACGGAAACAUAAUGUAUGACAGAAGGGUCAUCCGAGGCAACACCUAUGCCCUGCCCACAGGCCAGGUGCCCGGUCAGCCUGACCCUCUAGAGCUUCAGCGACAGCAGCAGGCCAGGAGGAGGGCUCUUGCCAGAAAACGAGCCCAAGAGCAGCUCCGACCACGAACGCCUGAGCCCGUGGAGGGCAGAAAGCAUGUGGACGUCCAGACAGAAUUAUACCUUGAAGAAAUUGCUGACCGUAUAGUGGAAGUCGACAUGGAAUGCCAGACAGAUGCAUUUCUGGACAGACCACCGACUCCACUCUUCAUUCCUGCCAAAACUGGCAAAGAUGUGGCCACUCAAAUACUAGAAGGAGAGCUCUUUGACUUUGACCUUGAAGUCAAACCCAUGUUACAAGUUCUGGUGGGGAAGACGAUUGAACAGGCCCUUCUGGAAGUGAUGGAGGAGGAGGAGCUGGCCAACCUGCGGGCCAGUCAGUAUGCAUAUGAGGAGAUCCGGAAUAUUGAGCUGGCUGAAGUACAGCGGCUGGAAGAGCAGGAGAGACGGCACCGAGAAGAAAAGGAACGCCGUAAGAAGCAGCAGUGGGAAAUUGUACAUAAGCACAAUGAGACGUCACAGAAGAUCUCGGCUCGUGCGUUUGCGCAGCGGUAUCUGGCUGACCUUCUCCCGUCUGUCUUUGACAGUCUCAGGAACAGUGGCUACUUUUAUGAUCCAGUUGAAAGAGAUAUUGAGGUAGGAUUCCUUCCAUGGCUGAUGAAUGAAGUUGAAAAAACCAUGGAACACAGCAUGGUGGGAAGAACCAUGCUUGACAUGUUGAUCCGUGAAGUGGUGGAAAGAAGGCUAAACAAUUACGAGCGUAAGGAAGGCAUACAGCCCUCUGCGAGGUCGAAUGAUGUGUUUGGUGGUGCUGACUCAGCGACAGAUCCCUCGGUGAGUUUAGAAUUACAGGAGCCAACCAUGUCCCAGGUCCAGAAGCCAUUUUCAGAGAGAGACUCCACACAGAGAACAUCAUCCCAAGAGAAGAAGCCCAUGGAAGAGGCGGAGCCUUCUUGGCAGACUGACCAAGAGGAAUUGAAGGAGUCUGUAGGAGAGGAGCGGUCACAAUCAGAAGAGUUCUGGGAGGCAAGAAGCAGCUCGGCAGCUGGGCUCCGUCUUUUUCCAAGACCAAGCUUCACACUUGUCACCAGGAAGACUUUAACGGCAGUCUUAGAAACCAUUGGCUCAUUUUUUUUUUUUUUAAAUAUAAAAACAUAAUUUUAUUUACAUCAACUUUAUAUAUUAAUCAUAUUGCAUUUCCACUAACUUGUUUGUAAUAACAUUCAUGAAACACCCUUUGAAUAUCAAAGAGCAGCAGAGUGUUGGUCACAGCAAUCUGAAGUCUGAAAUACAUCUACUGCAGUUUUUUCAAAAACAACCAAUGACUUUAACAAACAAAAAUGCCUAAAAACCUCAAAAAAAUGUACUACCAACAAUUUUGUAGCCAUAUCAGACCUCAUAAAUGGCAUUAUUUGAACAUGGAACACUUCACACAACCUCUAUUACAUUGGUAGUUUGUUUUCUUUACAAUAAAACACAAAAUGGAUACUCAUAUAUCCAAUUCAAUUAUACAGUUUUGAACUGAAUGUAUUUCGUCAAGAUGUCAUAUUUCUGAAGACAGACACUCACUUUUUCCACCAUUCACCUCAUAAUAAAGGUCUUAAUUUCCUCGUUAUUUGAAUUGUCAACUAUUUGGAAAAUCAUUUUUUUUUUAAUUUAUUUUAAUUUAUUUUGCAAUACAAUUCAGUUCUACAUAUCGGUCACGGAUUCCCUUGUUCUCCCCCCUCCGAUACAAAUUGGCUCAUUUUUAAUGGGGGGAGGGAGAAAUGAAAAUAGGGGUUUUUUUCUUUUGUGGUUUUAUUUACCUAUUGUAGAUUAUUCAUUAAAAAUCUUUUUUAAAAACA